GAGAGAGAGAGAGAGAAAUAUUAUACGCAGAGUGGCGCACGUUAGCGAGCCGAGGAUUCGUAAAAAUUUCCGCUAAUAUUAGCUCCCUUUCUCCUUCCUCAUUCCCCUCCUCUGCGAUCAAUCGUCCCCGCUCCCCGCGGCGGAAGCUCACGAUAUCCUCCGACGCUCCCCACCCGCCAUUGCCGCGCGAGGGCGAGCGCGAUCGCUUCUCCUCGCGAUCCCGAGUCGAAUGACCCCGGUCUCGUGCGUGUAGGUCGCGAAUUAGGGCAUCCUUAGCUGGUUCUCGUGGUCAGGGUCCUCUCCCAUCCGGCAUUGCCGAUUCCUCGAGGUUCUAGUCCUCAGGAGACGAUUCCAGGUUUGGAUUUGAGCUCCUCUUCGUCAUCUUGGAGAUUCUGAUGCGAUUUCGAGGGUAUGGGGUUUCGUUGAUGGAUUUAAGCUGUUUGGGAGCUCUGUAGUCGUUUAGCGUAGCUGAUAUUUCGUUUCCGUAGAGAAAUUAUUGCCGUGGGAAGAGCUGCGGGUGAGAUAUACCCUUUGGAUUGAUCAUAUGCUGCUUCCUUAUGCGAUUCGAGGGUUAAAGGUGACGGCAUUUGGUUUAUAUGCUUGAUUUUGGUGGAUUUUGGUGAUUUGAAGGGCUUUCGAUCUUUGAGAGAUUUAGUUCGAGAGAAAUUGUGGCUUGAUCUGUUAAUUUCGGACAUUAGGGUUUCAUGUUCGAAGAUAUCGUCCAUCUUGGCUUUUCUCGUGCGGUAAUGAGAUAAAUGAAACAUCUGGAGUUCAAUUAUCCGGAAAGUAGGUUGUUGUGUGAUAUAUUUUAUGGGGCGGCAUCAACGAUUUCAUCCAAGUGGGACACAUUAUUUCUCCUGUUCAGAUGAGUUUGGCCCUUCACGGAUGCAAAACCUGCAUUUGAGAGCUGGAUGGCUGAUCCUUUGAGGACUGGUCCCAUUGAGAGGGACAUAGAGCAGGCCAUUACAGCCUUGAAGAAAGGGGCACAUCUGCUGAAGUAUGGACGCAGAGGAAAGCCAAAAUUUUGUCCAUUUAGGCUCUCUAAUGACGAGUCUGUAUUGAUCUGGUAUUCUGGAAAAGAUGAGAAACAGCUAAGACUCAACCAGGUUUCAAAAAUAAUACCUGGACAGCGUACUGCAAUAUUUCAGCGCUAUCCACGGCCUGACAAAGAAUACCAGUCAUUUUCUCUUAUAUACAGUGACAGAUCAUUAGAUCUGAUAUGCAAAGACAAGGAUGAAGCUGAAGUCUGGUUUGUUGGUUUGAAGGCUUUAAUUUCACGUGCAAAUUGUCGAAACUGGAGAAUAGAAUCAAAAAGUGACAGAAGUUCAUCUGAUAGUUCAAGCACAGUUACUCGGAAAAAUUCUCCACCGACCGCACCCUUUGGUGGUGCUGAUUCCUUGAACAAGGAUUCUGAGGGUAUACAUGCUCAAUAUGAAACACAUCCUAUCAGUACAUUUGGAAGGGUAUUCUCCGAUGUGAUACUAUACACUACAACAUCCAAAGGCUCCCUUAAUUCUGAUGCUGUGAGUAAUUCCAUCAACUCACUCUCAUCUGGAGGUGCUGAUAUUUCAAACGUGCAUGGGUCUGCAGUUGAUAAUAUUAGGGUUAGCUUAUCUAGUGCUGUAAGCUCCUCAAGCCAUGGAUCAGGUCACGAAGAUUUUGACGCAUUAGGUGAUGUUUUCAUUUGGGGUGAAGGGGUAGGUGAUGGCUUACUAGGUGGCGGUUUACAUAGAGUGGGAAGUCCAACCUCCAAGAUCGACGUUCCUUUGCCAAAAGCACUGGAAUCAACUGUAGUGCUGGAUGUCCACAAUAUAGCUUGUGGGACUCAGCAUGCUGUUUUAGUUACAAAACAAGGGGAGGUCUUCAGCUGGGGCGAAGAGUCUGGCGGCCGGCUAGGGCAUGGAAUGGAUUCUGAUGUGUCCCAACCUAAGCUCAUCGAUGCUUUGAGUGGAAUGAACAUUGAAUUUGUGGCGUGUGGAGAGUACCAUACUUGUGCUGUGACUCUAUCUGGUGAUCUCUACACUUGGGGUGAUGGUGUGCACUCUGGCUUUCUUGGCCAUGGAAAUGAGACUAGCUACUGGAUUCCUAAAAAGGUAUGUGGCCAACUUGAAGGUUUGCAUGUCUCAUCUGUAUCUUGUGGCCCCUGGCAUACAGCUGUAGUUACAUCAGCAGGUCAGCUAUUCACAUUUGGCGAUGGCACAUUUGGUGCUUUGGGUCACGGAGAUCGGAGGAGCAUGAACAUACCAAGAGAGGUCGAAGCUUUGAAGGGAUUGCGAACGGUGCGAGCAGCUUGUGGUGUUUGGCACUCUGCUGCUAUUGUGGAAAUUAAUGAUAAAUCUGAUUCUGGUGCUCCAUCAGGCAAACUAUUUACAUGGGGUGAUGGGGAUAAAGGUCGACUUGGUCAUGGUGAUAGAGAGCCUAGAUUAGUUCCAGCUUGUGUGGCAGCACUUUCUGAGCCGAGCUUUUGCCAGGUAGCUUGUGGGCAUGAUGUAACUAUGGUUUUGUCAACUUCUGGGCAUGUAUAUAUGAUGGGUAGCAAUGUCUUUGGGCAGCUUGGAAAUCCAGAGGUCGAUGGGAAACGUCCCACUUGUGUUCAAGGAAAUAUUUCCAACAGUUUUGUGGAGGAAAUUGCAUGUGGGGCUUAUCAUUCUGCAGUUUUGACUUCUAAAACUGAAGUCUAUACAUGGGGUAAGGGGGCGAAUGGUCGGUUAGGGCAUGGCGACAAUGAUGACCGAAAUACCCCAACACUUGUUGAAGCUUUGAAAGAUAAGCAGGUAAGGAGUGUUGUGUGUGGAUCAAACUUCACUGCAGUUAUCUGUCUUCACAAGUGGGUAUCUGGGGCUGAUCAAUCCGUGUGCUCUGGUUGUCGCCUCCCAUUUGGUUUUAGAAGAAAGCGCCAUAACUGUUAUAACUGUGGUUUAGUCUUUUGCAAAGCAUGCAGCAGUAGGAAGUCAGUAAAAGCUUCUCUGGCACCAAAUGUACAUAAACCAUAUCGUGUUUGUGACGAAUGCUAUACAAAGCUUAAGAAGAUCAUUGGGGACGGAAUAGCUCCUCGAAUCCCAAAGCUUCAAAAUGGAAGCACGAAUCAACUGCCAAGUGAACAGGCUGAGAAAGAUGUUUUAGAUCCAAGAGUGCAGGGACAAUUCUCUAGGCUGUCUUCAGUCGAUUCCUUUAAAGGUGAAAACAGGCAACUAAGGCAGAAUAACAGUCGAAUUACCCCAAUCUUAAAUCAAUGGAGAAAUUUUAACUCAACAAACUCUUCGAACAUUCAAUACGCAUCUUCUAAGAAGAUAUUCUCUGCUUCUGUUCCAACCUCAAGAGCAGGUUCUCGUUCAACAUCACCGGUGCCAUUUAGGCCAAGCCCACCUCUUCCAACAAAUGCGCCUACUACAAGCGGUCUCACCUCUCCUGAAACUUACAUGGAUGACUCAAAGCAAGCAGAUCAGGAUCUAAGCCAAGAAGUUGCUAGAUUACGAUUACAGGUGGAGGAUCUAACACGUAAAUCUGAGCUUCUUGAAGCAGAGCUGUCUAAAACUUCAAAACAGUUGAAGGAGGCUACAGCAAUAGCAGGUGAAGAAGCUGCGAAGUGCAAGGCUGCUAAGGAAGUAAUCAAGUCUCUUACUGCACAGCUGAAAGGUAUGGCCGAUAAAGUACCCGACAGGCUCAUGAUCGGCAAUAAUGUUUCUAUUCAUGCAUCUGAUCCCUUCGGACAUCAUUCCUGUGAGAACAACAUUUCGUCUGUACCUGAGUUACCCGAUUCAAAUGGUGAGUCAGGUAAUCAUUUGCCUUGCAAUGGGAACAGGAUUUCAACAGAGGGUGAACGGGUCGAACAGAUUGAACCAGGAGUUUACAUCACCGUAGCCUCCUCACCUGGAGGUGAUAAGUAUCUCAAGCGAGUUCGCUUUAGUCGGAGAAUGUUCAGUGAACAUCAAGCAGAAAAUUGGUGGGCCCAAAACAAAUUGAGGCUUCAGGAGAAGUACACUAUCCUGACUGCAGAAAGCCCCAAAACUGACCCGGCAACUGUCUGACCGGAGAGAUAACAUCGAUUGACCCCCCACUAAUGUACACGGCAGCGGCCUCCACCGGUAAAUGUAAAUUCUCUCACCGCUGGUGGAUGCCACACAAACCCUCUUUUGACUAGUUCCGCAGAUUUCGCAGCUGCACACAAACAAGGAGAGCUGUGCACAGAAACCCAGCGAGAUUGAAACCUCCGCUGCUUGAUUGCGCAUCUAAAUUCUUAAUGAAUCACUGGCGCACAAGCUCUUUUCUCGUAUGCUGUAUCAUUUUGCUAACAUCAAUUCUAUUUUACAGUGAUAGUUCACAUAAUUUUUUUUUUAACACAUUAAUUUCUCUCUUACUUCGCAAGCCUAUUGUACUAGAAUUGGUUGAAUCGACAUGUUUCAGAGAAAAGAACCUAUUUUUGUGGGUAACAUCGGCCGAUUAUAGCGGCAUUGCAGUUGCUAGGUGUUUUGGCACCAAUUUCAUCUGUAUACUUAGUGGAAACUGUGUCUAGUCAUAUUUAGAUAUUAUUAUUAUUAGUGCUAGUCUCUGAUCUUUAAUCA